UUGGAGUUGUUUUGAUUUGUUUUUCUUUCAUUAUUAGUCAUUUGGAUUAUUAAUAAUUUGUAGUUCUUUUGAAACUCUUGGUCCCUUUUGACUUUUUUCAAAGAAUGACUGUCAUUAUGUGUUUGUUUCAGGUAUCUUUAUUUUAGAAAUAAGACAUUUAUUAUGAUAUUCCAGAGUAUUUCAAAAAUCAUGGGCAGAAGCUCAGCGAUCACAACAGCAAAUUCUUCAGGAGUUUGGGAAGUAGUUCCUCUAAGCCUUAUAAUUUAAACUGAUAAAGGUAAAUGGGUAUUAUUUUCAUAUUUUUGUGGGCUUUGAACUCCUUAUUAGCCAUUUUCUUCCCUCUCUCCCCCCAUCCAGUCUUUCUCUGAAGGUUUCAUCAAAUUAACUUUGCACAUAUCCUCCCAGAUAUGGAGGAGUUUGGAAAUAUAUUUCUUAAUUUGGAGAAGAAAUUACUGAGCCUUAGAGAACUUGCUCUGCAUACUCAGUAUCAUGCAGUUCUCAGGUAGAAAUCCUAUGAAUUUAUUCCCUGUCUUCUCUGUCAUCUUAGGGUAUCCUGCACUAAUAUCCAUGACCCACCCUCCUGAAUCUACGAAAGUAUGGAUUCUGGAUAGGGUUGACUUCUCCCCUGAAAAAGAUCUAAGUAAACUUACACCUAUAUUGGGGAUCUUGGGACUUGGCAUCGUCCACCCUGACAAGUGUAGAAUCUGGAAGGGAAGAUAGGACUGGUAUUCUUCAUAACUUUUUUCCCUACUCUGUCCAUUCUGGCUUCUUAAGAUUCUGGCUUUUUCCAAGAAGGAAGAACUGAAGAAAAGAAGAUGACUUCUGAAUUCCUGACAGCCUGGUCUCAGAAAUCACUGACAUUCCAGGAUGUUGCUGUGGAAUUCACCCAGGAGGAAUGGGGGUUAUUGGAGCCAGCUCAGAAGGACCUAUUCAGGGAAGUGAUGCUGGAGAAUUAUGAGAAUUUUGUCUCCCUUGGGCUUCCAGUUUCCAAACCAGAUGUGACCUCUCACCUGGAAAGAAGGGAAACAUUUAGGCUGCCGGAGGGAGAAGUCCCAAGAGGCACUUACCUAGAUUUUCUUCAUGAAUAUAAUAUAUUUGGACGAAAAUAUAGUCUGGGCACAAUUCUCAUCCCAUGGCAGAGAAUUCCUGUAGGAAAAUAUCUCCAUAACUACGAUACACUUGGAAAAAGCUUCAAACAUUUUUCAGAUCUUAUUGAACAUAAUAGAAUUUCUUUAGGGGAAAAUCUUUUUACUUAUAAUAAAUGCAAGAAACCCUUCAUUUACCACUCAAGUGGCAUUCAUUACAAUGGAAUAUUUAAUCAAGAAAAACAUCCUAAAUGUGAUGAAUUUGGUGAAGCCUUCAGCAUCAAUUCAUGCCUUCUGGUACAUCAAAGAAUUCAUACUCCAUUAAAACCAUUCGAAUAUAAUGAAUGUGAGAAAUCCUUCAGCCAAAAGGGAAAUCUCUUUUCACAUAAGAGAAUUCUUAGUGGAGAAAAACCCUAUAAAUAUAAUGGAUAUGGAAAAGUCUUCAGCAAUAAUCAAAAGCUGUCUCCACAUCAAAGAAGCCAUAUUGAAGAAAAGUAUCAUAAUUAUAAUGAGUGUGAGAAAAUUUUUAUGCAAAGCUCUUCCCUUAUGCAGCAUCAAACAAUUUAUACUGAAGGGAAACCCUGUACAUGUAAUCAGUGUGGGAAAAUCUUUAGUAAUAAUAACUAUCUUAUUCAGCAUCAAAGAAUCCAUACUGAAGAAAAGCCCUAUAAAUGUAAUGAAUGUGGGAAAGCCUUCAUUGAUAAUCAAAACCUAUUACAACAUCAAAGAACCCAUACUGGAGAGAAGCCCUAUAAAUGUAAUGAAUGUGGGAAGGUCUUCAUCAAUAAUCGAAACCUGUCACGACAUCAAAGAAUACAUAGUGGGGAAAAGCCCUAUAAAUGUAAUGAAUGUGGGAAAGCCUUCUGUACUACUUCUCGUCUUGAUGUACAUAAGGUCAUUCACCCUGGAGAAAGACUCUUUGAAUGUAAUGAAUGUGGGAAAGGCUUCAGGUUUAGGUCUGCCUUUAUGAAGCAUCUGAGAAGUCAUACUGGAGAGAAACCCUAUGAAUGUAAUGAAUGUGGGAAAGCUUUCAGUUGGAAGGGAAACCUUAAUACACAUAAGAGAAUUCAUACUGGGGAAAAACCAUAUUUAUGUAAUGAAUGUGGAAAAGCCUUUAGCAAUAAUGAAAGCCUAACACGACAUCAAAGAAUCCAUACUGGAGAAAGACCCUACAAGUGUAAUGAAUGUGGGAAAAGCUUCAGGCAAAGUUCAUCUCUUAUGCAGCAUCAUAGAAUUCAUACUGGAGAGAAACCUUACAAAUGUAAUGAAUGUGGAAAAGCCUUCAAUAAUAGUCAAAACCUAACAAGACAUCAAAGAAUUCAUACUGGAGAGAGACCCUUUGAAUGUAAUGAAUGUGGAGAAGGCUUCAGAUUCAGCUCAAGUCUUAUGAAACAUAAGAGUAGUCAUAUUGGAGACAAACCUUAUAAUAAUAAUGAAUGUGUGAUAAAUUUUAGCCAGAAGGGAAACUUUAGUACACUUGAAAAUUCAUACAGGUGACAUCUCCCAGCCUAUCCCUCUUUGAAUCCAAUGAAUGUGGGAAAACCUUUAAUCAGAAAGGAAACCUUAAGAAAACUAAUACUAAAACUAAUACUAAUAUUAAAGAAAAAUGUUUUUUAGUGUAAUGAGUAUCAAAAAGCUUUCAAAUGGUGUGGAAACAUAGUCUUCCUGACUAGACAUAGACAAUAGGAGCUAGAAAACUGUUGAAUGUAAGGAAUGUGAGAAAAGUUUCAUGAGGAAGCCACACUUGCUGCACAUUAGAGGUUUGACCCUAAUUAAAGAGACAUUCAGGGUAAUGAAUGGGGGAAGACUUUCAAAGUAGAGACCUUCAAGACCAUAAGAAACAAUACUUAGAGAGAAAUCUUUUUAAUGUAAUGAACAUGUGGAUGUAUUCAGGCUGACUCCAAAUUUUUGCUACAUAUAAGGAAAUUAUUGUUGUACAGAACUUUGUCUAUUAUAUAUGGAAAGUUUCAGCUGGUGGAAACUCAUUUCAGAUAAUUAGUACUUGGAAUCUCCAUGAAUGUACUUUAAAGCUCAUGAGAGAUUUCAUGUUGGAUGUUACCUGUGCAGGUGUAAUCAUAUAGGAAAAGUUUUAGAAAAUUUUUCAGCCACAGAAUUUCAGAGUUGGAAGGGGCUGCAGACAUCAUGUAGUCAACCUUUAUCUGUAAAAGAAUCCUGUGUGUACAGUCAAAUAAGUCAUUAUCCAGCCUUUGUUCUAAGAUCUCUAAUGAAGGAGUAACUACUGUCUCCUGAGGCAGCCAGCUCUGUUUUUGGAUGAUGCUAAUCAUUAGGGAAUUUGUCCUUAUGUCAAUCUUGUAUUUGCCUCUUUAAUUUUCACCCCAUUUCUCUUCAUUCUAUCAAUGAUAGCCAAGCUGAAAAAACAAUCCCAUUUCCCUUCAACAGCCUAUAAAAUGCUUGAAGUCAACUUUUAUGGCCUUACUAGGUCUUCUCUUCUUCCACGAUUACAUACCUAUUUCCUUCAACCCAUCCUCAUCUGGCAUGAACUAGCUGCUCUUCCCUAUGCCGAUUGUCCUCCUCCAUGUCAUUCCUAAAAUGGAGUGCCCCAAAGUGAUAAAUGCAGCAAUUUUCAUCUCUGUCACUCUGGGUUCUAAACCUCCUAAUAGCACCCAAUCAUUUAUAGGUCAAAUGGGCAUUUUUGGCUGCCCUUUGGUAUUGUUGACUCCUUUUGAAUUAGUUUUAGGUUACUUUUUUAUCCCCCAGAUAGAUGGCUGUUUAACUUUGCCAUCUCUACUUUGUAUUUAUUCAAUUAAUAUUUUGAACCCAAUAUUUAUCCUCUUCCAUUUCAUCUUACUCAUUCUUUCUGGUGAUCUCACAGCUAAGAUAUUUUAAAUUCUGAUUCUGUGUUCCCUUGUGUGAGCUCUCCCUCUCAGGUUUGUAUCAUGUGAAGUUUGGUUCUGAUUGGUAGUUCUAUGACUUAAUCCAUGCCAUUAAUAGUAACAUUAAAUAAGAGAAGUCCCUGCACGGAUCCCUGAGUCACUCCAUGGAAGAUCACCUUCCAUAUUGAUAUUGAACCAUUGAUAUAAAAUUGAAUCAUAAUUCAACACUGGAGAUUCAGGUGUCCGAUUUUACUACUGGCUAAAAUUGUAUGUUGCUUUUUUGGAAGAAAAAUGUACGGGCAUUAUAUUCUCCUUUUUGGUCAUGGCUGAUGCCAUUCUAGGUGCUAUGGGAGAGUAAAUCAAACUGGUAGCAUGCAACUUGCAGUUAGGGUCUAGAGGUAAGGGUGGAGGAACAGGGAUUAUAAUACAAAUAACUAAAACAAAAUGACACAUGGUAAAUGUCCUAAGUAGGGAAGAAUUAUUUUUUUUUAAAACAAGCAUCUAUAAAGCACCUACUGUGUGCCAGGUACCAUGCUAAGCACUUAUAAUAUUAUUUCAUUUUAUCUUCACAACAACCCUAUUUUAUACCAACAAAAACAGGAGGGCAGAUAGAGAUUAAGUGACUGGCCCAGGAUCACAUAGUGAGUAAAUGUCUGAGGCCAGAUUUGAAUGUGGGUCUUCCUAGCUCCAAGUGCAGAGCUCUCGCCACUUCCCCACCUAGCUGUCCCUUACACAGUCAGGGGAAUCAGAAAAAUUCAUGGAGAUGCUGGGAAUUUCAGUAGACAGAAAUUGCAGUGGGAAGGUCUUUUCGGAUUUAAUAAGCCCCUUCAAUGAAGGUGGUGUGGAUGGUGAGGAAGGAUGACUCAAGGGUCUGGUUGACCAUAGCAUAGGCUGUCCAUAAAAGGUGGCUGUAGAGUAGGGGUCUGCACUAGAGGGUUCCAUGUCCCAUGUUACAUUCAUGACAUUAGACCAAUGACAGAUCUGAUACCACGAGUCAUCUAUCUUAGGUUCUUCUAAUCAUAUUGAGAUAAUCCAUUUUUAAAAACAAGUCUCCAAGUAGUUUAUGACUUCAUUUCCUUUUUUGUAUGUGCUGCUGAAAAAUGGCAACCCUCCCUUUCCUGAAAUUCUUGGGGUUGUGCCAUAAAAUUCAUAGACUCCUACUAGACAGAUAAAGACCAACCCUUCCUUGAUAGUCUGGAAUAGGGAUCUGAAAGUACCCACUGUGCAGUUAUAGCACUUGGCGUGACCAAAUGGACAUGGUUUAAUACUCUAAAGACCUAAUUUAAUACUCCAAACAUACCUUAACAUUGAGGAAAAGUUAAAAAAAACAUUGCUUUAAAGGUUCAGAAACAGCUAAUAGGUUGAAAUGUAGACUCCUUAAGAGGGAGUAAUAGGAAAUAAGUCUGGAAAGCAAAGGGGGGAGCCAAGGUGUGGAAGGCUUUCAGUGCCAGACUGAGGAGUUGGAUCAUAAGGGAGAGGCUUUGGGUGCUGCUGGAGACCCAUUUUGUUCUAACACAUUAAAAUCCCUACACCCCCCCACCCUUCCCCUUCCCCCGUGGUUCACUAUAGCUGCUAGAUAAGAGCAGUAACAAUGACAAAUGCAAAUGAAGGCGUCAGAGCUUUUGCUGUAAGUUCUGCAUCUGUGAUUUCAUGGCUCAAGUACUAUGCAGUGGGAAGCCUCCCUCAUCAUUAAGUGCCCCAGGUCACAUCUGGAUCUGAUUUUUGCUAACCAGGCCAGUUAGCUUUUCUGGACCUCGUUAUUUUCUUAAUAACAUUAGGGUCUUGGGAAAGAUUGAUUCUAAGGCCCUUUGCAGCUCUGCCUCUAUAUUAAACUGCCAUCCAUCCAUCCUUCCAUAAUAGGUCGUCUUGGCCAGGGCUCAGAUGUCUUGUCCUCAUCAAGUUAGCAUGUGUCACGACUUGAACCUCAGCCUCAACAGUCAGUCAUAAUAAACCUCAGUUAAACAGACUAUCCAAACCAAAAGUCAAACAACCUCAACAGUCAAUCAUAGUAAAUGUACGUCUCAUGUUUGUAGUUCACUAUUUGUUUGUGGAAAGAAAAGAUAUGUCCUUUUCUUGUAGUGAUUUGGAAUUAUCCUUCUUGUGGCGGGGCCUAUAUAUAAAGUAAGAAAGGAAGAAAGAUUAAGGGAGCAACUGAGAUGUCCUGGGAUAGUUCCAGUGCUGCUGUGGGCUGGGGCCUUCCCAAGGUAAGGCCCCCUCCCACAGAGCUGCUAGGGUUACAGGAGGAGGCUGCAGGAGCAUAAAGCUUUCUUUGUUUCGUGCCCAACUGAGGGCUUUGCCCAGGCAAUGUAUAUAUGAGGCUUCCCUUCUCUCCCAGUCCUCACUGGACACAUUAAACCUCCCAGCACAGAGGUUGGGUUGCCUCAAACCAUAUGUCUGAAUCAUCCAGAGUAGCCACUUUAUGAGCAUCAUAUCCUCAAGGAGAAGGAGACAGAACUUUGCCCUGGAAUGAGAUUUGGGUCACCAGGGCCAUAACAUGUAUCCUUCUCUGUUUCAAUAACUGUAGCCUUAUUCCAAGUAAACUUACUUUUAUAUUCUUUGCUUGUGCUGGGUUAUUUGUGCCAUUCAGAGACCUGAGCUUAGGAUGGCUUUCUGAGCCCCCCAAGCAUGCUUGUCCAUUAUGUUUGACCUAGGUCUUGUUAUCUUUUAGUAUUGUUUCAUUUACAUCAUUGAAGUUAUACUAUAUGUUAUUCUUUUAGCUUUGCUUUUUUUCAGUGUGUUACUUAGUAUGUCUUUUUGUGUUUCUUUGAAUUCAUAUUUAUCAUUAUAUUCUUAUAACCCUCUUAGUUCAGUCAUUUCCCAAUAAUUUAACCCAUUUCCUCCUCCAUAUUUUUACUACUGCAUAUAAUCCUAUGCAAACUAUUUUGUUACAUAUGUAUUCCCUUAGAUGUUUUCUGCAUUUAUGGGUUGCUUGCAUCCACUGCAUCUUCUGCAUUUUCAGCAAGUCUGUUAUUAAAAUAAAAUCUGUCCUAUAUGCAGCACUUUCUCUUAUUUUGAGUGCUUAAUUAUACACUGAGGAACUUUGAUACAAGCUAUUUUCAGACAUUUCCAAGAGUGGACUCUGGGCUUUGGUAUAAUGACCAAAUUGGUAGAUUGAGACUGAUCUUUUAUGUUAUUUCUGAGAUAAAAAACAUUUUGUAAUUAUCCAGAUCUUGAGUCAUCCAACAUUUUCCUACUGCUUUUCAGGAGGCUGGGGUAGAGGAGUAUUCUCCCUGAACUCCCUAUUCUGACCCCAAGAUUCUUCUGCUACAAAGUAGUCAAUAAUAAGCCUAGGAGGGACAGUUAAGUGGUGCAAUGGUUAGAGCACCACCCCUGAAGUCAGGAGGACCUAAGUUCAAAUCUGGCCUCAGACACUUAACACUUACCAGCUAUGUGACCCUGGGCAAGUCACAUAACCCCAAUUGCCUCAGCAAAAAAAAAAAAAAAAGAGCUUAGGACAGGGAGAAUAGUUUCUCCCUGAUGACUGCCUCCACUCCCAGAGAAUUCUCAGAAUUUUCAGGGGAAGAAGGAUACAAGAGAAAGGAGAAAGAAGCAAAAUAGUCUGAGCAGGUUUAUUAGAUCACUUUGGGGAGGGCCUCUACUAAGGAGCUUCUGUGCUUUACUGUGUCAAAUCUCUGUAGUUUAUGUUAAGGAUGCUACAAAUGGGUAUAACAGGGUCCAUGGCUCCUGCACAAGCCUCAGUGUUAUAAUUCACUUGAGGUGCAGGACAGCUGUUAUUUCACUCUAGAGAUAAUGCAGAAACUGAAAAGUCAUCCAUCCAGAAGACUUACAAAGAAAUGUAGAAAAUGUAUAAAGGAACUCAGAAUUGCCUAUGUAUAACACAAUACAUACAAACAGCUCAACUGUAUUACCAGUGUCCCAAGGUCCUUUUGACACUAUAUCUGAGCCUGGGUUUUCAUUCCUCUUGGAAGACAACUGGACUUGUGGUCGCCACUUUACCAUUCUGUGGAAUCCCUUGACUCCACCCAAUUCUAAGACUAGCAGUGCCAGAUGGUGACUCGAACUCCCUCAGGAGGGAAUACAUAUUUCAGGGUUCUUGACCAAGCAACACCCAUCCUUUCAGACUUGUAUUGGAACAACUCUUUCUACUUCACUCAGAAUUCCAGUUGGAGAAAAGUGAAAGGGAAAAGGAACAAGGCCAGGAAGACAAAACAGGUUCUUUGAUUCCCCUAUUAGGCCAUCAAAAAGGGCAUCUUCUCUCUACAGGAUCCUUUCUCCCAAGAUUUAAGAACCAACUCAUUUAUCUUGGCGGGGCAACCCAGUCACUAAAAUAUUCCCCGGGAUAGUCAUUUCCAAGGUGAAGAAAAUAUGAGAAUUUCUGUUUCUAGUCAUUUAAACACGUAAGGUAAACUUCGCCAAUAUUUAGCUUUUGAAUGUACACUGGUGUCCUCAGUCUAUAUGUCAGAUAAUUGCCUGUCAAUGUGGUUUUCUGAGGGAAGAAUGAGCGUACCAGAUUCCAGGGGCAUUCAUAAUGGCAUCUUUAGUCAUUCAUUUGCUUUUGUGUUAUGAUUUACAUGUAUGUUCCUAGGUAAAUGGAUAGUCUUUAAUUAAAUUAACAUUUACAAAACAAACAAGUGACUUCAAAGGAUUCCUACAAAAAAUCCUCAGAUUCUAGGUAACAGUAAUACUUGAAAAAAAUAAACUAAAAAAAAUGGCAAAGCCAAUAUUUCCUAUUCCUAGCAGAGCUUUUUCUGCCAUGUUACAAGUUAAAAAACAAGGAUGAGCUAAUCAAAUGUGGCGUGUGGGGCAAAAAUAUUUUUAAAUUAUUUGAAAUAAAGAAUUAACGUCCUUUAUAGUUAAUGGUAGGUGAGCUUUUUCUAGGACCCUGCCCCAAUCAGAAGAGGCUAAUUUUCAUUUAAAGGUUUAAAUGAAACUGAACUCAAGAUUUAAUUGACUCAUAGACUAAUGCUCAGAACAUUGAUAGAACUUUGUAGUGGCCCAAAUGUAAAAGCCAGGACCUAACUGAACUCCUUCAAGCUUUCGAUAGCAUGGCUGAUACAGAGACAGGUCAUCAAUGCCAGCAAGGAGGCACAGAAAGCUGGGCCAGAGUUGGAAAGACCUUAGGGCAAUCUGAGCAUCCAUUGCUAGUCUUUUUGACCAUGGUUGUUGUGAAGAUCAAGUGAGUUUUUUAUUAGAGUACUCAGCACAGUGUCCACCAAUCAGCAAGCAUUUAUUAAAUGUCUAUUAUGUGCCAGGGGAGACAAAAGAGGCAAAAGAUAGUCCUUAACUCAAGGAGCUUAUAAUCUGUAAAUGCUUGUUCUCUUUCUUGUUUUCUGACUGUUUCUCUGCCUCUGUUUCUCUCUAUCUCUUCUCCCUCCUCCUUGCUGAAUAUCCUUCCCCUUCUGGGAAAAAAUUGAGUAAUCAGUCCUGAACCAUUGACACAGCCUGAGUGAGGUAUAGCCUAGGAGUCCUUGAGUUUAUAUUGUUCCAUUGGAUAUUAGCAGAUGAUAAUGGGAAAUUAUGAUGAUCAUCAAGACAUUGAAAAACUUGGCUUUUGUUAGCAAAAUAGUGUGUCACCUAUAAGAACAUACUUAUAGACAUACUUUAAAAAUUUGGGAAAAAAUUUGUAAUUCUUUUAAAAAUUUUCCAAAUGUAACAUUUCAGAGGAUUUUGUGCUUAUUUGUUAAAAGUGUACAAAAAACAUAACAUCUUCCAAAGAGUUUGCAAGGGCAACAGAUAGACAUCAGGGAAAAUGGAAAUUUAUUACCUCAAUUUCAACAAAAACCUCUAUGUUUUUGAUGGUUGACACUGAAAAAAGAGGACCGUGAUUUAAUUCAGAGUAGUCCAAUUCUUCCAUGAGGAGUUCUGUGUUAUUCUAGAAUUAUUGCAUCUUUCAAAUCAUUCAAUUCAUUCAAAUCAAGUACCAAGAACUAGACUUGGAAUUGCUGUUUCACAAUGUUAAUUAAGAUUUUCAAAAAUAACAAAGUAUAUUGAAUCAUUUUCCUUUUACAAAAAUAUGACCAUUGAUAUUUGUUAUCAGAGAGGUAGUAUGGUGCAAAGAACCAUCCUUGAGAGUCCAGAAUAACUUGCUUUGCAUAUUUUCUCAGCCGCAGAGUGGCUGAGUGUUCUUGGACAAGUCAUUCAAUUUGUACUGCCCCACCAGAAUCUUUGAGCAGGUAGCUCCUAGGCUGAGAGGAGAGUGUUGGAAUUGAGGAAGACCUCAAUUCAAAUUCUGCCUCUGAUGGCUUUGGCUUUAUAACCCAGGCGAAUCACUUAUGCUCUCCUGGCUAAAGUUCUCUUCUUUAAAAUGGGAAUAAUAAUAGCUCCUACCUCCUACAGUUAUGGGGAUAAAAUGAGGUAAUGCGUAAAGCACUUUGCAAACCUUAAAGCACUAUAUAAAAGCUAGCUAUAGGUUGUAGAACUGUUGCAAAUCUAUAUUGCCACAAGAGUUUCCUCACUAGGUGUUCCCUACAUUAAUGAAACGGAAAAUCUCUGCCCAAAUUUUAUUGUUAUUGUUAACUAAUUAAAGUGUAAGCUCCAUGUGGGUAGGGAAUAUUUUAUUCUUAGUAUUGCCAGCACUUAGCACAGUGCCUGGCAUACAGUAAGCACUUAAUGCUUGUUGAUUGAUAGAUAUUCUACUCAUUAUUGUUAUUCAUAUUUUAAAAUGAGAGCAAAACAAUUUUGUACUGCUAAUAAAAGAUACUUUUAAAUAUUGUUUGUUCCAAGUCCAAAACAAGCAUUUAUCAAAUGCUUACUUUAUAGUGUAUUUACUAUGCACUGGAGAUACAAAGAUAAAAACAAUCACUUUUCAUCUUUAUCACAUCCUUAAACAUUUUCUUUGUAGUGUAUCUACUAUGCACUGGAGAAACAAAGAUAAAAACAGUCAUUUUUCAUCUUUAUCAUGUCCUUAAACAUUUUCAAUUGUGAAUAUUUUAUAAUACACAGGAUAUAUUGUGUUAGUACAUGUAUAUAUGCUGAGUAAAUUCUCCAAAACGUUUGCUGAUAAGUGUAUGUGAACAAAAAAUUUAGGAGACUACUGUCCUAAGAGAUGUCACCGAACAGCUCCAAUCCAAUUUAUCUUGGACAGCCAGUCACUGAGACUUCAUCAGGAAUCAUAAUUUCUCUUUAACAAAGCACUGGUGAACAUGUCAUAAUCUUUAGAGAGAGACAUAAGCAAUGCAAGAUUCCAAACAAAGGCUCAUUGCCCCAUGAACUCAUCAAGCGGAUUUGAAAAAUUUCCCUUGAUAAAAAAACUUUUUGAUUUAUAUCAUGCGAACAUAUUCUGAGGCUGCUUCCUUUGAGAAGGAAUAGUUGUGAGGAGAGGAGAGGAGAGAGAACUUUUGGCUCUUUCUCUCUCACACUAUAGACCAAAGAAAGACCUUACAAACUCCUGAAGUUGGAAGACGUGGCCCUUCCCCUUGGCAUCCUAGACCAGAAUAAUGGUGAAGGACAAUAGUAACUGCAUUGGCACGAAAAAAUUAACAAGAUACACUGAAAAAAAGCAUCUCAGGACCUUUUAAGGAACCAACAGAAAUUUCUACCAUAGCCAAGGGGAACUUCAUGAGGAUUAUAUAAGGGAGAGAAGGACUUCUUUCAACCAAAAGCAGAGUUACUCUUCUGCUAUCUGUGCUUUCUAAGCUGAAGCCUGCUUUCCUUGGGAGUCUUCAUGUAUUUAUUGAAGAAUGUGCUUCUGAUUUGGGGAAAAUCUUUUGUAUCAAGUGUUCUAACUAUAUCACCUUACUAUAUAUAUUCCUAAAUAGAAACAAAUAAAGUCUGAACGUGUCAUAUCCCUUACUUAAUCUAUUCCAAUGAUUAUUACCACCAGGAUCGAAUAUGAACUACUUUACAUAUAAAGCUCCCCACCUUUCAAUAUAUUAUAUGAUCCUACUUAACAAAACACUCCUUAGAAAAAUGGAAGAUAUGCAUAAAUAAUUGGAUAGAUAUUACUUGCUCAUAAUUGGAUCACAACAAUCUAAUAAUAAUAACAAUACUACUUAAAUUAAUUUACAGAUUCACUAUCAUAUCAGUCAAAUAACCAAAGAGUUACUUUAUAAAACUAAACAAAAAUAUUUUUUUAAAUUCACUUGGAGGAACAAAAAUUCUGGGAUCUACAGGGGAAUAAUAACACAAAUAAGUGGGGAGGAAGUGGACAUUAUUCUACCAACUCUCAAGCUAUAUUACAAAGCAGUAAUUCAGAAUGAUUUGGAAUUAGUUUAAAAACUAGAAAAGAUGCUUUAUGAAACAGAUUAGGUAAUAAGACCCUGAAACAGUCCAACAUAAUAACAUAAUAUUUGAUAAACAUAAAGACUUCAAAUAUGGUGAUAAAACUAUUUGAGAAUAACUGCUUGGAAAGCUAGAAAAGCAGGCUAACAGAAAUUACGUUUUGUCCAGCAUCUCACACCAUAUACCAUAAUAAUCACAAGGACAUAUGACUAUGAUUUUAAAAAGGUCAUAUGCACACAUUAGAGGAAUAAGAAAUAGUUAUCACAACUAUGAUAGGUUCAGAGGAAAUAAUAUAGACAAUCUUAAUUAUACAAAAUCAGAAUGAUUUUGUACAAACAUCAAUACAGUUAGAAGAGAAACAAUUAAGUUGGAAAAAUUGAAGCAAAUUUCUUUGUUAAAUAUCUGACAUCCAAGGCAUAUAACUAGUUCAAAUAUAUAUAUAUAUUUUUAAUGCUAUUCCCUAAUAGAUUUAUCAAAAGAUAUGUACAGGCAGUUCUCAAAACAAAAAAAGGUAAGCUAUCAAUUACUAAAGGAAAAAUGUUCCAAAUCACUAACAAUAAGAAAAGUGUCCAUUACAACAAUUGACUUUGUAAUUCAUAUCUGUUUAGAUUAGCAAAGAUGACACUACUUUCUCUCCCAAAGGAUAUUGACAACUAGAUGAGCUGUAGGAAGACAGCUAUAUUAAUAUAUUACUAGUAAAGGGUAAAAUGAUCCAACUAUUCUAGAGAGCAAUUUCAAACUGGGAGCUAAAAGAAACAAGAACAUCUCUGACAGGCUUUCAUCAACUCUGCCCCCAAUGUAGGCAUAAAGCAUGGAGUAACUGGCUUCUUUUUUUUUUUUUUUUUAGCAUUAAAAAAAUUUUUUUUACUUAAACUUUAUCUUUCUCCUUUUCACCCUUCCUCCCUUUCUUAAGAAGGUAAACAAUUUGAUCUUGAUUAUAAAUGUAAGGUCAUGCAAAAUAAAUGUCCAUGUCAGCCAUUUGUACAACAAAACACAAAAUAAAACAAUAAAAAUAAAGCAAAAAGCUGUAUGCUUCAAUCCACAUUCAGAGUUCAUAUGUUCUCUCUCUGGUUGUAAAUAACAUUAAAAAAAACACGAUCUCUUUUAAAUUA